UGCCAAUUGCCAAUUGCCAAAUUGACAAAACAAUCGAUUGAUCAUAAAAAUAUGAUUUUUUUAACGUUAUUUACAUAAGGAUAAAAUAAUAUAAUUAAAUAAGAAAGUUGUUUUAUCAUCUGUGACGUUAUGAAAUAAUGCCUGUUGGAAGGAAGCGUUGGAAUUUGCAUGAUGGACCACAAGGAUCUCUGAAGCGUCUCAGAAACCAAUUGGCCGAAGAUGGGUGUGCUGAAUCACAGGUUGUUCUGGCUAAACAAUUAUUAGAAGAAAAAUGUGAACUAGAGGCGGACAAAAUAUCAAAUUUCAAGCAGGCAUUGGAAUGGCUCAUAUGCGCCACUGAACAGGCCCACCCAGAAGCAAGAAGAAUGUUGCGAAGGUGUAUUCGCAGCGGCGUGAUAGACGAGGACAGUGCGCCGAUAGUCCGCGCCAAGUCGUGCCUCGCCGCCAGCAGACAAGAGACUGUAGCCAGGAAAGCGGCUAGGGACCUUUUUGCUAGUUUAUCGAACGGAGAGCAGUUUAUAACAACGGCGCAGUUAGAGCGGCGUAUCCGUGAGAUAUGUACGACUACCCUCAAAAAAGAACCGGAAGACGAAGCUUUGGAUGAGUCACAUGAUGACGCCCCAGCACUGAAUGAUGGCCAAGCUUUGGAGUCACUCCAAGCCGGAGACCAUAUCCAUGGGAAUGGUACUAUUUGGACUGCAGAAAUUAACAAUGAAGAUUACCCAGAGCGAUGCCGUUCCAACGAAGAAAUCCGCAAUCUCACAGUCGAUAAUCUAGUUUCAGCCGCCGUUGAUUACUGUCAGGGCGAAUUGCCUCUAGUCAGCUACGAAUUGACCCUAACAGACCCCAGCCUCAAGGCCCUAGACCACAUCCCCAUCCUGCAACAGGCUUUUCUCCACCCCCAAGUGUUUAUUCAAGUGCUGUACCUAAAAUUGCUCUAUUAUUUCGGCUCUUUGUCCUUCAGGUUGUCCAAUCUAGAGCUCUCUUUCCUUCUCGUAGCGUAUUUGUCUGUAAGCACAGACAGUUUGUAUCACCUAGUACCUUUAAUUAUGUAUUACGUUAGUAUUAUUGCCAUGGUAAUAUGCACCUUUAAAAUGCUGCUGGCCAAAAGGCAGUUUAUCGAUUUUCGAAAGUGGUCUGGGCUAUUUCUUCGGUACAGCGAUGGCAACCUGCAGCCGGACGAAUCGGAGAAUUUGUUCGUGCGCAACAAUUUGGCGCCAUUUUUGCAGUUUUUCUUGGCGCUUUUUGUCAAUCUGUUCCUCUAUCCCUUUAUAGCCACGCAAUGGGUGCCGUUUUCAGAAUUCUGCGUUCUAUCGUUUUGCCUAAUGUUUUUAACUCUGUUCUCAUUCGGCACGAAUGGUCGACCGUAUCCAGACGUGUUGGCAUUGGUAUCAUUCGGGAUUAAUGUUCUGGCGAAGUAUCCGUACGAGAAAGAUACGGUCGUCCACCAAGGUUGGCGGUUUCUCGAUUUGCACAUAUCAAACUAUCCGUCUUAUAUACUAGGGAAUAGCAUCGAGUUUUGUUUAAACGCCCGCGUGUUUUUCUCGCUCCUUAUUCCCGUCAUUCUGAUUGCAAUGGCUCGGAGGAGCAAUUGGCAAGGGUUUUUCAAGUACACCCUCCCGCACUGUGUUACACUGAGUUGGUUGCAAAUGUUUAUAACCUGUUCGCACGGGUGUACAACAUAUGGUUUGAUACGGGGCACAUUGGCGUUGGUGUGCUCUUUCCUCUUCUUACCAAUAAUCGGUAUUGUGACGGUUACGUUGCCGAUUUUCGCGUUUUUACAGUACAUACCGAUAUCGAGGUUGUUGUACACUAUGACGGUUCUGCUCAGUUUCGCUACGGGGCUGGGUGUCACGUGUUUGCUGGCAAAGACUGAGGCUACUAAGAAAUUUGUCACUCCUUUCCAGCUAAGCAUCGGCAUAAUAACUCUAAUAUACUUCAGCAAUCAGUUAAUAGUCGGGUUUCAAGAUGAGGGUGUGCCCUCCGGUCUCAUAGAACUGUUGAGCGAAGACAAAACCAGCCUCAAAAACCUUCUCAAGAACGAAUUUAUAUCAGACUACGAAGAUAACUCGCACUACGUCAAUUGGGACGACUAUUACAACCAAUGCCACGCGCCAUCUUGGCUCGAAAACAACAUGGCGGCCACUCAGGUCAAAUGCUCUGUACUAGAAGGUUCGAACGUGAAUUGGGAGGGCUAUGUGAAAGGUGUGAAAAUAAAGAAUGUGAAAAAUAAAUGGAACGAUUUUGCGUCGUGGUUGCCGGCCUUUGUUAGGGAGUAUUUCAAGUGUUACUACGGACAGGAAUUUUCGACUCUAUGUCAGAAGGGGGAAGGUCUAAAUUUGGACGAUUGCGAAUUUGUCCGUAGGGCCGCUAGGCAGAGUGGCAAAAGCUGUCAUUUGAAUAAUAUGAACGAGUACAUCUACGAAGUGAAAGUCAACAUGGAAACCAGCGGGGGUCUACUGAAGCGUCACGCGGAAAUAGACAUAAUAUUCGACCACUUCUUCACAAACUACACGAAACUUUUGCGAUUGGAUGACAAGAUACGUUUCAAAGGGACGCUCUUGAACGAUCUAACGACGCAAUACAACAUCGGCUCCAACGAUUUGAACGUUUUAGGUUAUGAAAUCAGUUGCGUCGAAUGUAAAAUUGCGCGGGGAAGUCUCAGCGCUCGAGCGCCAUCUUUGUCGAAACUGUCUGAAUUGUGUCGAACGAUUGUCAACGAUUGCACCGUCUCAACCAAAUAUGUAUUGAAUUUCCUAUUGAAUCCAGUGAUAGUUUUUAAAUGAUUUUUCAGUGUUGUGUGUAGGGGUUGCAGUGCUAAAUUGGUGACUAAUUUUUGUACGUCGAUCGUGUGUUUUUAAAAUAAAAUUGCCAUGUUUAAGAGAUUUGUUAAUUUUUAACUGUUUAUUGUAUAGAAAUAAAUAUAUAUAUAUGAUAGUUUUUUUGGGUGGAUGCGAGUCGUUUUCUGUUAGGGGAAAUUCGCUCUGUUAUUUAAAAUUAUGGGAUAUGAAUAUCACUUGCAUUUCUAGAGAUGUAUAAGACCAACAAAAAAUCAAUAUUUUUAAUAGAAAACAUGUUGUAUAAGCUGAUUUAUUAAAAAAGUAUUCGCAAUGCUCGGAUCUUUUCUAUCCAACAUGACUAGAUGUUAGAAAAAUAACCCGUAUGUGAAGGCUAGAAGGUCUAAAUUGCUAUAUUUUAUUAAGCCAACAACAAAUAAUUACACUUGUUGAGGAAGUAUUUAUUGUCCUUAAAAUAUCAAAUUGUUGAACUCAUUUGUCGACUUACCUUACUAUAGAUCUAUAAAUAUUUUCAUAAUGAUUGAA